CUCUUCUUCGCUCUGUCUCCGGCUCUCCGCUCUCUCUCUCUCUUCCCCUCCCCGUUCUCCCAUUCUCUCUCUCCUCUCCCGAGUCCCUCCCCCUAUCCCCCCCUCUCCGCCUCCGUCGCUAGGGCUCCAUUCCCCUGCGCAUCCGCCGCCGCCGGAUCCCGCCUCGCCUCCGCCGCAGCUUCGGCAUCAGAAUCACCGGAUUCGGUGGUGUUUCUCGGCUGCCUCAGCUUCCGCCGGCGGAAGGCCCCAGGCGGCGCUCCCUGCAGCCCUCCGGCCUUCACUGAGUCCUCUAGAAGCCAAACAUCGUUGAUACUUAGAAGGCAGCUGAGUAUAUGGUAUUUGUGGGCCAUUGUGCUGUCCAUGCGAGCGGAGAGCAUGCGUGGCACCUGUGCUUCGGGUGAUGCCCCUGACCAGAGUAGCUGCCGAUGCAUUCGGUGUGCUGACAAUCGCACUGUUUGCUCUGUUUGCUGCUCUGGGCCUCUUCUGCAUCUUCCAGUCGGUCUACUUCAGGUGUCGGAUUCGGAGAGGACCCUCCUUCCUUCCGCUUGGUUAUUUUAACGGCCCAUGGGUGACUCGCAUUGCUCUGAUUCUGAUCACAAUUUGGUGGGGAGUAGGUGAGAUAGUGAGAUUGAGCUUCUUGAAGAAAAAGUUGUUCUCCAGCUUAACAUGGCAGAGGAACAUAUGUGAUGUGUACAUACUUUCCAACCUAGGGUUUGCAGAGCCAGGGAUCUUCUUUGCGUUUGCUUUUCUGCUCCAUGGCUCGUUACAAAAGAGGGAGCUGGGCACAUUAAACCAAAGAUGGAAUUGGAAGACCAUGGCCUACUUGUUGGUUUUCUGUAUUCCAGUGUUCUCGGUGCAGGCAAUCCUAGUGUUUGUUGGGCCCAGGUUUGUUAGAGAGGAGAACCAUGAUCUCGGGAGAAGAAAGAUUGCUAAAUACUUCAUACGGACCUACACGCCGGUUGGAGAUACCAGUGUUUGCACUUACCCAUUGUUUGGCACCCUUUUUCUUGGACUUGUAGAUGCUUUCCUGAUGAGCUAUGUAUCAUAUGUUGGAUUACGGGUGCUGUCCUUGGUUAUUAACAAGUCACUGCGAAGGAGAGUUUAUCUACUGAUGCUGUCUGUGCUGUGCUUCCUUCCUAUCAGGGUGCUUCUCCUCGGGUUUUCGGUGCUGCUCAAGCCAGGACAUGUUGCCUUUGAGGGUAUUAUCUUCCUGUCAUUCUUGAUGAUGCUGUCCUGCACGACUGUUGGGAUACUCUUGCUGGUUUACUACCCUGUAGCUGAUUCAUUGGCCCUCCGAGAUAUAGGCCAGAGGGACAUAGCAGAAAUGGUGCCUUAUGAUGAUUACUACUAUGAAGGCACAUCGCUUGUGGCCAACCAGAGUUUCCGAGAAAUCGAGCGGAAUUCUGACACUUCAACGAAGCCGGGAUCCAUAUCCUUCCGGACAAUGAUCAGGGAAGACCAACUCCAGCAGGACGGUACGGAUGAGAUCGGAUUCUCUUCGCGCAGUGGUGUCCAUAUUGGAUCGCCCUCAGGCUCUUCGCCAAGCGCAGCAGUGCCGAUGCUCCCUCUCAAGGAAAUCCCUAGAUACUAAGAAGUAUUCACCUGUGACUUUGCCCCUCUACUGUGUUCUCCUUCUCCCCCCCCCCCCCCCCCUUUUUCCCUUCUCUUUCCUCUUACUACCUUAAUGAUAACAGUUUUGUGGCAAUCAAAAAAGGUUUUUGUAAA